AUGGAUCCAAACUUCAGCUUGCUUUCUCAACCAUCCCAGGCCUGCUCAUACCUGGCAGAACCUUGUACCAAAGAUGGAAGAAGCCCGUCCCCCAGAGAACAGGGCAGAGACUCACCAUUUCCCUGGAGCCAGGUCCCCAGCUCCAGCCUCGCUGACCCUGACUGGUUUUGGGAUGAGCAUAUCCAGGCAAAGAGGGCCAGAGUAGAGACCAUCGUCCGAGGCAUGUGCCUCUCCCCUAACCCUCCGGUGCCAGGCAAUGCCCCAGCCAGGGACAGCCCGUGCUGCCCAGAGAAGGCCCGGGAGCGGAAGAGGAACCUUCCCGUGCAGCAAGGCCCCCUGAAGCCAGGCCCUGUCGGGGACCGGGGAAGCAAGAAGGGGGGCCCUCGGGUGAGAGAACAGCUUCACCUGCUGAAGCAACAGCUAAAACACCUGCAGGAGCACAUCCUGCAGGCUGCCGAGCCCAAGGCCACAGCUCAGGGCCCGGGAGGCUCAGGGACAGGGAAGGUCCCUCUGAGUGUAAAGCAGAGGAAUGGUCCCUCUGGGUCUAGGUCCUGGGCUGUGGACAGUGACCACCGCCAGGGUUCCAGCGGGGACCUCUCCAGGGUGGAGAGACACAGAGUGUCUGAGGUCAAACACCAGUCUGAGGAACCCAGGUUCCUUCCUUCUGGAGCACGAGCUUUGCUGGAGAUUCUGAAGAAAGAACUGACGGGGGCCAUAUCCCAGGCUGUGGACUCAGUAUUACAGAAGGUGCUCUUGGAUCCAUCAGGCCACCUGACUCACCUGGGCAGAAGCUUCCCGGGGCUGUUGCCAGACGGUAGAAGCGAGCCCUUGCCUCCUGAGGGAGGUGCCUGUAAAGAUCCACUUCCUCUGGCUGCCUUGCCCAGGAGGGCCCAGCCACAGACAGGGGCUCCACCGGGAAACUUAUCUCUGGCCAAGCCUCUAGAUUCUCCCAGGUACCCUGUCUCUCCGAGAAUGAUCCCCAAACCCUAUCAGCGUCCUCCAGCAAACCGUGCCUUGACUGUGCCUGCCCACAUCCAGGAAGAUCAGAUUCUCAGCCAGCUACUGGGCCAUAGACCCAGCGGCCACUGGAGGGGCAAUCUUCCGCAGGACUCAUCCCCGCGGAGUCACCCCUCCUCAGAGGCGGCCCUGCGACCUUGGGGGGCUGCCAAACUGCGACCACUGGCUUUGAGCCAGCAACAGUGCCCCUGGCUCUUCAAGUCCACCUGUUUGGAAAGACUGCCCCUUGUUCCCUCGGUGAAAAUGGAGCAAGGUGGCCUGCAGGCUGUCACGGACGCACUUCCUUUCUCUUCAGCCCAAAUCCAGGAGGGCCUCAACCCUGGUCACUUGAAGAAGGCCAAACUAAUGUUUUUCUUCACACGCUAUCCCAGUUCCAACCUCCUGAAGGCUUAUUUUCCUGAUGUUCAGUUCAACCGCUGCAUUACCUCCCAGAUGAUCAAGUGGUUCAGCAACUUUCGUGAGUUUUAUUAUAUCCAAAUGGAGAAAUUUGCCCGGCAAGCAAUUUCAGAUGGUGUCACAAAUCCCAAAGUGCUGGCGGUUCUCCGCAACUCGGAGCUUUUUCGAGCUCUCAAUAUGCACUAUAACAAGGGAAACGACUUUGAGGUCCCAGAUUGCUUCUUGGAAAUCGCCAGCUUGACAUUACAGGAGUUCUUCAGGGCUGUCUCCGCAGGCAAAGACUCAGAUCCUUCCUGGAAGAAACCCAUUUACAAAAUUAUUUCGAAACUGGACAGUGACAUCCCAGAGAUAUUCAAAUCCUCCAGCUAUCCCCAGGAGCUGUUUCGGAAUUAAGGUCCCACAAAGUGAGGAGCGACUGGCCUGGGUUUCCUGGGCUUAUCUUAAAUGGAAGCCAGUACAGCUGUAGUCAUAUAAAAAGAGUAUAAGGAGAAACCCCUCAAAUAGGUACCAUUACCAUUUUUGAUCAUUUAUUUCCUUUUCCAGAAUUACCAGAGGUUUAACAUUAACUGUAAAAUAUUGUACAAGGAACACAACAGUUUGGAACCAGAAGAAUCUCCACGCCACUGUUUCCAGGUACCAUGACCCCGGGAACUUGCAGAUGUCUCUGCAUCUGUAACAUGAGGUUGUAAGGAUAAAGAGACAUGUCCUAAAGUGCUCGGUGCAAUGUUUCUCACUACACAAAUGUCAUUUUUUUUUUUCUCCUUCCUCUUUCAGAUAAGGCUAUCUUAUUUGGGGUUUUUAUAAACUGCUGUUUGGAGUUACCUAUUUAUCAAGCUCCACUUAUUUGCAAGAUACUCUCAAAUACAUUAUCUUUAAGCUUUUUACCCUGAAACAUUUUUAAAACAACCCAACAGAAGUUUUAGAACUGUGAGAUGAGUCGCCAAAGGCUGUGAGGCUAGGACAUUUGGGUUGGUAGGGGCAGUCAGGCGUGGGAGGACCCCCAUGGCCUUCUGAUGCCA